AAUUGUCACACGGAAGUUCAGCGGUCGCGGUAGAGGUGUCAGCCGAUGGAUUGUUUGGGAUCGGUGUGUUGUGUGUCCCAUUCAAGGCACCACUGCAGUUAUGAGGCACCCGCCAUGAACAGUAUGCCAGAGAGAAACUCGCGGUCAGGCGAAUGGACAUCGAAGGUCCAGUUGGCCGGGAUAUUGUAUAAAAGACCGUUCAACCACCAGUCAAACAAGUGGGCGAAAAGAUAUUUCAUUAUUCGAGAUGGUUUUCUAUGUUACUAUCAGGAGAGUGAAAAAAAGGAGAUGGAAAAGCGAAAUUGUAUCAACAUUCAUCCCAAGGGAAUCAUACCGUUAGGAGAGUGCAGUGUAACUCAGUCACGAGAACAAGGACAGCCAUUUGCAUUUUACCUGGACAGUGCAGAUAUUCAUGGAAGGAUGCUUUUGGCUGCAGACAGCAGUUUUGAAAGAGAUAAAUGGAUCGACAUGAUUGAAAAGUCAAAGCGAAUAACUUGGAAGCAUGCUCAGCUUGCAGACAACAUCAUUCGACAGUUGGAGGAUCAGGGCUUACAGAUGGCAAAACAGAAGCAAGACUAUUUCAAUCAGCUUCAGACUGAGGUGUUAGCGUUAUCAGAUGAAAGGGAGAGAACUGAGGAGCUGGAGAGGAUCAACCAGGAGCUUGAAAAGGAGAAACAAAAGUUAGAGUUGUACCAGCAAGAAAUGACGGAAGAAUAUGAACGCAUCAGAAAUGAACUUGAGGACACAGCUGAAUGUAUGAGGAUAUUGGACUCCGAUCGGGUCGCAUUAUCAGGUACACUACAGCAGCAGCAAAUAAGUCUGCAGAGUUUGAGUGAGGAGAAGGUGAAGAUCCUGGAGACAUUACAUUCCCAGCAGAGUUCGCAGCAGAAAUUGACGGAGGAGAACCAGAGUCUAGCUCUCACCAAAGAGGAACUAACAUCUACACUCAAACUCAUUGAGUUCCAGACCAAAGAACUUCUUCGUGAGAAAUCACACGCUGAGGAAAAAAUGAAGGAGAAUGAACAGAGAGCUCGGGAUUUAGAGGAGGAAAAGCAGUUCAUCAGUGGGCAUGCAGAGGAGCUGAAGGAGUCCUUGAAGGAUCUAAAGGUACAGAAAGAAAUGACUGAAGCAGAAUUAAAGGAGGAGGUAAUGGCCAGACUAGAUGCAGAAAGGAAGUUGAAAGAUGCAGACAACUCGUUACAGAAACUGUCCUGUGCUGUAGUGUCUCAGACUCCGCACAUAGAACAGGAUGUCAAGGAGGAAAUGGUGGUCAACGUCAAUAAACUCAAACGAUUUUUUGAGGAUCUCGUAAAUGAGGCCAGCAUUGACUCUGACAAACCCCUCAUUGUGAAAAACACGAUACAUGCCAGGAAAACCUUAGCACGGAGAGCGAAAACAAAAAAAUUCCAACGCAACAAGUCCAGUAGUGUUCGUGUCAAGUCUACCAAGAAUCUCUCUGAUACUUACGGAGAAGAGGGUGUGAAUCUUCGUCGUACCACUACUUGUGUUCCCCGGAAGGGGGUCUCGGUCAACUUCCCUCUGUCGGCCAGUAGUACUCUGUCGUUUUCCGAGGAUCUGUAAUCGACACUCUAAAAGUUUAUGUGCACACAUCAUUGUGGCUUCAGCAGAUAUCUUCAGAAAUUGACACCUCUACCAACAUAUGAAAUGUGUGUCUUACAAGAAGUGUUGUUUAAAUCAGUGGAAUUUUCAGCUAAGCUAAGCUGAGUCCACAUUCUUAUGAAAAUUGGUUUCGAGUCUUCAUGGGAAUGACCUUCAGUGUGUGUAUAGGAAACAGGACUUGGUCGACCAACCCCUGUUGGAAUGACUUUAAACCUUGGUGACCUCUGUAUUCCGUCUUUGGGUAUUGCAGAGUUAUCUGCUCUUGUGAGCAGGUAUUGAUUGUUAAGUCAUUUGUUUGUGAGAGUAACGUCAUCAAUUUUUGAGAAAAUGACGUAAUUUUCUCACACAAACCAAUGACGUAACAAUCAAUACCUGCUCACAAGAGAAGAUAACUCUGCAAUACGCAAAAACGGAAAAGCCUCACUUUGAUGAACUGACACAUUUUGUUGUGUGUUUUUUAUGCCAUCCCUACAAUAUCAAUGUAGUCAAUAUAAAAAUCCACCUCCAUUUUCAUUGGUUGCUAAAGUUUCCAAUGUAUAUUUUUAUUGGUUGAUAUAAUUGCGCUGUUUGCCUUGACACAGCUGUGAUAUAAAUGUUGUAAAAUCUACUUAUUUUCCCCUUGCACUGUUUCAUGGCAGUUUUUAUAUGUUGGCAUGAUAGUACUACACUACGAUCUGACAGAGGUUUUGAUCAUUGUCUCAGUCUGUUCCCGAAUUCCGUGUUUACUGUAUCUUACAAUUAUUUUUGCCACUGACCAUCAUACAGCUGUAUGAUGACUAAAAAUGUUUACAGAAUGUGCAUGACAAUUUAAUUUUCAUAAUUUCUACUUAAAGAGUUUGGUCUACCAUAUCAUUAUUGUAAGAAUUUGCAUUUCAGAUAUCUUUUUCAUAAGAAUACCAAUUGAGUGAUAACUUAGUAUGUAGUGUGGUAUAUAUGUGCUAAUUCUUGAACAAGGUGGUUAUUAAAGGAAAUUAGAAUAACUAAACCUAUACACAGCAAAAAUCAACAUGGCUUAUCAAAGUUUAACAGAUUUCCAUUCAUGAUCUGAAAAAAGGAUUAAAUAAUUUAUUGCAAUGUUGUAUAAGCAUUGAUUUUCAAGAGAAGAGGAGGAUAUACGAAUAGACAAAGAUUUUCACUUAUCAGAAGAAUUUAUACAAAGUGCAAUAUAACUGUAAUUCAGGACUGAAAUAAUUAUCUGUACAUAACAGUCCUGGCUAUGAUUUUGUUUUACGAAUGAGGUGUCAGUAUAUUGUGGCAUAUCUGGUCUGUCAUGUUUAGUUUUUAACAACGCCACAUCCAUAAUCAGCUAUCAAUUUGCACCGGGGAAUGUUUGUUGCCAUAGUUUAACCUCUGCCAUUGUCGUCUUCUGAUCCGAGGGCAAAUUUAUAAUAACGCAAACAUUCACCUGUAUAACGCUGGUUACCUGGUAAUUUCCACUGCUGGCAGUGUUGGGUGAAAUAACUGGCGAAAGGGGAUUUUACAGGUGAAGGGCAAACAUUUAACAGGCCAAACAUUUCCUGAUACACAGCUUAGUGUAUACGUAGUGCAGCACAGACUGGCACACCAUAGUCUGUGUAUCAAUAAAGCUGCAAGUUUUUAUUAAAUGAAAAUCAAUGAGAGAUGUUAAGGAUUUAAUUCACCAGUACGGUGUAGUUAAAACCAGAAGUAGAUGAAAAAUAAAUAAAAGUCAGAUGUAUGCUAAAUGUAAUGAAUAAAAUAUUUAAAUUCAAUAAAUUCCCAAAGAUCUUGUAGUGAAAAAUGUUGUUCAACACUUCAUUUUCAUUUGUUACUUAUAAUCAGUGCUCUUAUAUUCCCGGUAUAGAUAUAUUUAUUAUAUAAUUAGAAUAGCGUACAUAUCAUGGUUGUAUAUAAUGUCUGUGAUUUCAGUUUUUAAUUCAACAGUCUUGUGCCUUGUUACAGCUGUUGAAGUCUGUUGUUGUAUUCCAUAUCUAUGCCAUUAUAUUAGUUCGCCCCAUUUUGUCUGACACAAAGCCUACAUGCACACAUACUUCUCAUGUCUUCAAAUAAAAAUAAAUAUUGUUUGUAAAAUUAUUUCAUAUAAAAAAAUGAUGAGUUUCAAUUUAUUGUCCUGUACUAUUUAAAUAAAUUUAUUAUAAAACAUGGUUUUAUCUACAUGUAACAACCAAGUUCAUCCGAAAUAAGAUAUCCUGAAAAGAAUCUCCCAUACAACAGUAAACAUUAUCUGAAUUGACAAGAAAUAAUGAGAUUUCAUCGUUAUAUAUACAAGAAAAUGUUAUAAUAAUAAAUUUGAAGUGGUAAAAAAAAUGUAUAAACCAUGUACCACAAGACCAAACACCCAGAGACGGAGAUGAAAAUGGCCGAUUUCUGUUUUUCGAUUUGUAAGGUAUAUAAAUGGUAACUAGCUGUAGCUUUUUAAUUUCUUAACUGUAAUUGUGAGACCUAUUUUUAUGUGAAAAGUGAAUGGAAUUGUGAUAUAAGUAUGAUAUUAUAAAUGACUGUUAUUCAUUUUUUUCCUUUUAUGAUUGAAUCUACAUCAACAUAUUUUGCAAAAAACAUUUAUAAAUUCUUUAUUUUUUUGUAAAGAUAUUCAUUCCAUAGAGCACUUCAAGGUUAAUCAAAGAAUCAAAAUAUGCCAAAAAUAUUUGACCAAAGCUUUUUUCCGGUAAAACAAAAGACCAAAAAGAAAUUAAAAGUGCUAUUAUUGAAUUGACUUGAGGAAUUGGUCAACAACAAGAAAAGAAAAUUGCCUGAUACAUACAAUGUAGUUCAUUCAGUUAAAAUUGGAAUUGAUUAAUUGAAUGAUAUUUUAUUUUUGGUUAGGAGUAAUUUAUUUUGAUCAGAAUACAACAGCAAAAUAUUUCGGAUUAGAUAGAAGAACAUAAUUUCCGUCCAAAAUCAUGUUGUUUAACAAUUAGGUUUCCGAUUAUGUAAUGAUGGAAACAUGUCGAGAUUUUGAGAUCUGAUAACCUGAUUUGUGUCCUGCGAGUUCAUAUUUAAUAUAGUUUAUGUGGCAUAGAAGUGGUGGACAUGUGAUGUAUGAGAUACAGAAAUGUAUUUCAACAUUCAGCUCCUGUAAAGUUUAUGUGGCAGGUAAAUAUGAAAGAACAUCAAGGACUUGUGUUGUCCAAGUAAGUGGUUACCUACAUCAGGCCCCUGUGUAGUUCGUGUGGCAAGUAAAUAUGAAAGAACAUCAAGGACUUGUGUUGUCCAUGUAAGUGGUUACCUACAUCAGGCCCCUGUGUAGUUCGUGUGGCAAGUAGGUUGUCUCGCAUGUAAAGCCCCUGUGCAGUUUAUGUGGUAAGUAUUUUCCCCCACGAGUCCUCCAGUUUCUGUCCGGUGCUAUGAGUUUGAUUGUACAGUGGUUGUGAUUUCACUUUAAAUAUUUUCAUCAUAUGCAAGUAUGAUAGCAUUAUGAUCUAUAUAACCCCCAAUACUCAUUAUUUUAACAUAUUGUGUACCAAUAGUAGUAGUUUUAGGCUUGCUUGACAAUGUGGUAGGGUUUGUCGCAAGCAUUUCGUUAUCCAGUGAGGACCAACUUUCUUCACAAGAGCACUUGGUGUAGAUGUGUAACAGGGUUAAUGUUUAAAUGGAUCUGAAAUACCCAUGGACAAUUAAAACUCGUGCUUAUGCAUUAAUUAGAGAAUUCCUUCCAUUUAUUCAAUAUUAAAGGUGUAUCUAAUCAACUGAUAAUGAAGUACAAAUAAUGUAUAGGAUCAAUUUCAAUUCAAGUACAGUAACUUCUCAUUAUACUGCCAUUGUCUGUUUCAACAAAAAUUCGUCUUUAUACACAUGCCUGAUCAUAUAUUGAGGGUGAUAGAUAUAUAUGAACUAGCAAGUUAAAUAAAUCAAAGUACUGAAAGUACUGAAAAACGAUACAUUGACAGAUAUUGGUUAUGGACAAAGUGGCCAACCGUUAGGCAUUAUAAAUGAGUCAUUACUGUACCUGAAGGAAUUUUUUGGAUAAUGUGUUUUUAUUUACAUAUGCACUGCAAUGCCACUAUGUAAACCAAGCAAAUGUGUUUAUAUUAUAUAUUUACAAUAUGUUGAAGAGAAUCUCAAAUAUUCACCAAAACAAUGUUGAUCUGUGCUCAUAAUAAUUUUUCUCUUAAGUGUACAUCAGUAAAAGAUCUGUCAACACAUAAUAUGGGAAAUGAAGAACAUCUUCUGAAAAAACCCUGCAUGUCACCAAAACAUGAACUUAGCUUUGCAUUUGUACUUAUAAUGACUUAUUUUAAGGGUUUUAGGGUAGAGAGUUCUGCUGUUCAGUAUUGUAGAAGAGUAAGAAAUUGUUCCGACAUUUUUCUCACUUUUGAUUCGCUUACCCAUUUUAAAUUAAAGAUUAAAUACAAAAAGUAUAUAUUCAUUAUAAUGUCCUUCUUUAUAAAACAUCUCUACUAGGUGGACUUGAAACCUUCAGGGAGCUUAUCCCCUGUGCUACCAGUCAGUGUUUAAUAUUUUUCAACAAGUCAAAUCAGCCUUGCUUGAUCUCCUUCAUAUAUAAUAUAUAAUUGAUGGGAAAUUUCAAUUUUGAACCAACGUAACGUAUAUAUAUACAAUGUACGUUUCAUAAAGAUGAAAAUGCAGUAUGUUUCAGUGGAUUUUGUACUCAUUGUAUUCAGAAAAGGUACUUAAUCUGUAACAAUUGUGGUCAUAUUAUAUUUAUCACGAAAUAAGCCCAUCCGCUACUUGAGUUCAAGAUAAUUCUUGGCUUAUUGCUGAAUAAAUAUGAUUGAUCUAUUAGGUUAUCUUGUUUUUGUUUAUAAAGCUUGCUAUACAGUAUUGAUUGGAUGUAAUUCAAGAAAAGUUUUAAAGCAACAGUUGGCAAGAAACGAUAGACUUUAGAUUUUUUAUUAAGUACAAUAUGCAAAAAGUGUGUUUUAAUUUUCAUUGUUGUGAUUAAUGCAUGGUUUUAUUGACCUCAGAAAUAAAUACGAUGUUUGUUUACAUGAUUAAUUACCCAUCCUCUGUCUGAUCUAUACAACCAUGCAUUGAUUUAAAAGAAAUUUAUUUUGGAAAAAGUUAAUAGAUCUUUCAUGUACACUGUACUUAACAAGUUAUGUGCAUAUAUUUCCAAUUAUUUCAACCAUUAUACAGAUAAAUAUAUAAUUUCUAGAUUGAACAAGUUGAUAUUUAAUUUGGAGCAGAAUUUUAACACAAGAAAUAUGUAAUGGUACUUCAUUUCCUUGUUUCAAGAUGUUAAUUACAUUAUUAAUAUCAACCUGUGUGCUAUGUUUUUCAGAUUGAAAUCAAUCUCCAUCUUUGAUGUGUACUCCCAUUAAGACCUCGCGAUGUGUUGCUGCACUGCCAGCUGUGAAUUUAUGCUUCUACUUUCUAUGUGUCCAUGUGUAGAAAACUUGCAAUGUUUAAGCCUGUCUCUUAUAAUUGGGAAAUGUAUUUUGCAAAACUGUUAAUUAACGAAAAUUUUACAAGUUGUCAUGAUGAAAAUUCACGAAUGAUUUAAUUUGUGUUUGGGAUCCAUAAUACAACUGUUCAGGUUAAGUUUCAUAAUCAUUGUACUGUUGUUGUACUGUACAGAAGUUUACUCUUCAAUAAAUAUUUAUUGAUGCAGGUAA